GCGGAAAAAGAAGGACCAGUGGACGCGAUAUUCAAUCUUGGUGUUGUAUUGAAAGACAGUGUCCUGAAAAAUCAAACUGCUGAAACCUUUGCGGAGUCCUUCCAAUCGAAGGCUCGAGCAACUCAAACAUUGGACAAACUUACUAGAAAAAUUUGCCCUAAACUGCGGCAUUUCGUAGUAUUCUCUUCCGUUUCCUGCGGUAGAGGAAAUGCCGGACAAACUAAUUAUGGCAUGGCCAACUCCAUCAUGGAGAGAGUAUGCGAAAAGAGGGCGGAGGAUGGAUUACCUGGAUUGGCAAUUCAGUGGGGAGCUGUGGGCGACGUUGGUCUCGUCGCAGACAUGCAGGAGGAAGAUAAAGAAUUGAUUAUCGGUGGCACUCUGCAACAAAAAAUAUCCUGUUGUCUCGACAAACUUGAUAAAUUUUUAAUUCAAAGCCAACCAGUUGUGAGCAGCAUGGUCGUAGCUGAAAAAAAAGCGGGAUCUUGCGGACUUGGCAGUAUGGUAGAAACUGUUGCUAAUAUUUUAGACAUAAAAGAUAUGAAAGUUGUAAGUCAAAAUUCUCCUUUGGCCGAACUUGGAAUGGAUUCCAUGAUGGCCAUUGAAAUUAAGCAAAAUUUUGAACGCGAAUUUGAUAUUUGUCUCACUGCACAAGAAAUAAGAAAUCUUACUUUCGCGAAACUCAUCAAAAUGUCCGAUGGAAAUGUUAGUGACGAUAAUAUGCAUGACAAAAAGAAACUUGAAGACACAAAAGAGCUAGAUGUUAUAAAAUAUUUAGUUGGUGUUGUAAAAGAUGAAGAUUUUGUAUCACAAAUUUGUUUUGAUUUCUCUACAAAAAGACAGAAAACUACGACUGAAGUAUUUCUUAUUCCGGGUCUCGAUGGAUGUGGAACUAUAUUUAAUCAUUUAGCACCAGAUAUUAAAUUUUCAGCAACGUCCUUGCAUUGUAAUAUGAACAUUAGUGCUUCUUCUAACAUUAUAUCUGAAACAAUUGAUCAUCUUAUAAACCAUAUAUUACCAAAGAUGAAAAAUGGAAAAGAUUUUAUAAUAGUAGGUUACUCCUUCGGAUCUAUUAUUGCAGUUGAGUUAACAAGAAGAUUGGAAGCUAUGAAUUUUAAAGGUCGACUAGUUCUCAUUGACGGCGCUCCUGAACAAAUACGAACAAUGUACAAACAUUUUACAUCAGAUUCUGAUGAUGUAAAUCUUCAGAUUGUUAUUCUAACUAAUAUUAUGGAAAUUUAUUCAGCAGGAAAUAGUGAAAAGAUUCUAAUGGAACUAAAGAAAUGUAAUACCUGGGAAGAGAGAUAUAAUAUUUUCGCCAAACAAUUCUUAACAACGAAUACGUCACUUUCACCUGCAAAUUUAAAGACUUUGUGUACAACAGUUUACAAACAUUCAUCCGCAAUUAGGCAAUAUGAUCCAUCUACGUUGCCACCUAUUCAAUCUCCUAUAACAUUGCUAAAAUCUACACAUCCCUUGCAUAUAUCCAUGAUCGAAGAGGAUUAUGGUUUGCAGAAGGUAACUCAAAAUGUGGUGAAAGUACAUUACGUCGAGGGUACUCAUAUUACGAUCUUAAAAAACGAGAAAGUGUUAGCUGCAAUUAACGGAGAGCCGCCAUUUACAAUUUGAUGUUUAAAUUUAUUUCUAAUUUAAUAAUUCAGAUUAGUAAUAAAAACAAUUAU